AUGGCAGCGGGAGCACUCUCAUUCGCUCUCCCGAGCUCGACACCCGCUGAGAGACCGUAUACGAAUUUGAUCAAUUCCACUCAAUUCGCAAGGAAUAACUUUCGACCUAAGAAAAGAGUAUGGAGAAGGACAAUUUCACCUCAAGAAACGCCGACGGUUUUGAGAAGAAAUUUGAAGCAAUAUUGGAAACAUGACGAUUUCCGACACCCACAAUUGGAGAUAUGCAUUGAUGCCAUGAGAGGAUGCGAUUUGAUCGUUGUUGCACCCACAGGGCUGGGAAAGUCUCUCUGUUUUCAACUUCCCGCUAUAACGAUCGAACAUGGUGUGACAAUAGUCAUCUCUCCUUUACUCUCGUUGAUGGAAGAUCAAGUGAAUCAUUUGACGGAAAUGGGGAUUAAGGCAGCCAUGUUGAAGGAGGGUAUCGAAGAUUCUGCCUUGAAAGAGAUUCGUCGUCAAAUGUCAUUGGGUCACCCAGAAAUUCGGCUCCUAUACAUAACACCGGAAAGUUUAUUCAGCCCGAGACACAGGACCAUGUUUGAUAUUGCUUACAGGCAGAAGCAAAUGGCUAGACUAGUGAUAGAUGAGGCGCAUGUUAUUUCUGAGUGGGGACUAGAUUUUAGACCUAAAUACCGCGACCUCGGAAACUUCUUGAAACAGUAUCGAGGACUUCCAGUAACUGCUCUCACUGCAUCUGCCACGCAUGAAGUCCGAAGCGAUAUCGUCCGUAGUCUGGGUAUCAAGAAAGGGUACGGGCAAUGGGUCAUGCCGUUUAAUAGGCGGAAUUUGUUUUACGAAGUUCGCUAUCAAGGACGGGGUAGCUACGAGGAUGACGAAGAAUUGGAAGAUCAGAAAAGUACUGUAGAGGAGAUCGCGGACUGGAUAGAAGCUUUCAGACCCAAAGCUCGCGCAAAAAAUGUUUCCAACGGGAUUAAUAGACCUUGCGUUACGGGAAUCGUUUACUGCAGAAAGACGAAAGACUGCGAGGAUGUAGCAUGUUUCUUACGAGACAGAGGAGUCAAAGCUCAACCUUACUAUAAAGCCUUGAACGCGAGUAAUCCUGUUACUUUGGCUGCUUGGAAUGAAGGCAAAGUAGAGUGUAUAGUAGCUACCAUCGCGUUUGGGAUGGGUAUCGAUCAGCCUAGUGUCCGAUAUGUCAUCCACUAUGAUAUGCCGAAGAGUUUUGAAGGCUUUUACCAGGAGACAGGAAGAGCGGGGCGAGACAAUCACUCCUCGCAUUGCCUCAUCUUCUACUCUCGAGAAGACGCUAAAAAGGUUCGUUGGAAUCACGAGAUCAAUGAACAGAAAAAGAAAAAGCAAGCUCUUGUGGAAGAUUCGGAAGAUACCUUGUCCCCGAUAAACAGCUUCAAGUCGCUCCAACAUUUCCUUGAAAACGCAGGACAAUGUCGACAUGUAGGAAUAUGCGAUUACUUUGGAGAGAAGAUUGAUUUUCGUGACCCGUCUGUCAAGCUAGCGUAUUGUGAAGGAAUGUGCGAUGUCUGUAAAGACUCCAAUAAAGUUCGACUUGCGGCACUGCGACUUUCGGAGGGUGUCGACAUUGCCUCUCAACCUGAAGAAGUACCGGUCCAGCUUCCUCCUCUUCCGUCAGCAGAUCCGUUAGACGUAAUUUCAGAGGAGGAAUCGAUAUCUGAUUCUCUAUUGAGAUUCGACAACAUUUCAGAUGGAUUUGAAUUCAGUGAUAAUGAUGAUCACUCUCCAAUCUUGGAAAAACCGGAACCUCUGUUCAAUCCUGUCUCACCAACUUCUCUCCCUCCUACUCCUCCAGUUCAAGAACCUCCUCCCGAUCUGCUCGCAUCCGUGCCGGUGGCGGAUCCUUCCUCCGCAGAUCGCAAUCCAUUCCUGCAUAUCACUUCAGUAAUCACUGCUGUCUUGGAUAGUCCCUUGGUCCCGACUAGUUCCAAAAGCUCAGCACCAUCUUCAGCGACCAAAACGUCCCUAUCUCCAAGUUCGAAAUCCAGUGCUCGACCAGAAAUCCCAGUAUCAUUGACUCCGAAACUCAAGCGAGACUUAUCCGCUGAAUUUCUUCGACCAAUCCCGGAAAGAGUCUUUCAACCCAUCAGACGAAGGGAUGUGAGCGAAUAUACCACCCCUGGUAGAGCAGUUGCUGGACCUGGUCCUAGUACGGUUUCCUUCACAGAAGCCACUACCAGAAGAAGGGAGUUUUCGCCCGCUAAAAGACAUACUGAGCAUGAUGUGACGACUCCUGUAAGAGGUGUGAGAUACGUUGAAGACUCAGAAGAAGGUACUGCAUCAGAAUUAAAGUUGACAAGGGAACAAAGGAUAAAAGCGGAAAGAAUGUUGAACAGCGUCGAACCGAUAAGAGGCAGUGGUCCAUUCGCGUGUUAUAAUCAGUCACCUACUGCACAAAAACUCCGAAAGAUUUCAGCAUCGUCAUCAAGAACAAGUUUUAAACCUCCGAUAGCUAAAUCACCGAAUAAAGUGAGAUGCGAUUUGAUUCAGAAAUCCGCUAGAGAAGCUGGAGUCAAAGAGAUGACAGCCGCAAUGAUGGCUUCUCUCGCCAAAGGUGAGAUGGCGAAAAAGCUCCUCAAAGGUUGGGGCAGAGAUGAAACGGGGAAAGACAGAGGGAGGCUUUUAGUUGGUGUAGUCAGAACGUUAGAGCAUGAAAUCGCAGACCAGUCCAGGAAUGAUCCUUCAGCAUAUAAAACACGAAUCAAGCAAUUCAAAAAUGCCACUAAAGCAUUACGAUCUCCCGAAGCUGUUGAUUUGAUAUCCAAAGGAAGACUAGAGGAAUUGGAUGACGGAACGCCCGAAGUAAGCCAGUUGAGAGCAUUGGAGAGCUGCAUGAGAGCCUGGGUAGAGGAGACGGACUAA